AUGGGCAUCCGUGUGAAUGCCAUCGCCCCGGGGAUGAUCGAUUCGCCAGGUCAGCACAGCACCAAUACCGAGGAGGAAAUAUCGGAGAGGGUCAAGGCUAUUCCCCUCCAGCGCAUCGGCCAGCCGCGUGAUGUCGGCGAUGCGGUGGCUUUUCUGGCCUCCGAUGCGGCGGGAUACAUCAGUGGGAUCACGCUGCCGGUCACGGGUGGCCGGUAA